UUUUCCAGCUAUAUAUGUAACACCAGCUACGGCUUUUUCACUGUUCUUCAUUCUUGAUUUCUCCAAGAAAACGAAAUUUGUUCCUCGGAGAUGGUUUUACACAAUAAGCUUUCUACUUGUUGUAUAUCUCAUGAGUUCUAUAAAGUUGCUACGAACAACCCCAACAAGAUUGCAGUCAUUCAAGCUUGUGGGGGUCUCAAAAUCGCCAAAGAAUUUCGACUAUCUUGCAGUGAAAAUGGCGACCAGGAUAACCGGGAGAAGUUUCAAGAGUUUGUUUCUUCUAAAAUGAAGUCGGUUAAUCCCCCGAUGUACGAAGGUGAUCAGUGCUUCACGUUUUCCGAGAUAUUGUCCGCCGUUGAUUCUCUUAGUUCACGGCUCCGAUGCAUUCUUGAUGGUGGUGAUGACCCCAAUCUAGUAAAGUCCUCUGCAGUAGUUAAUAUGCAUCAAACUGCAAACGACUGUAGUUCCGAGGACCAGUUACUUCUGGGGUCUUCUGAUCAAGGUUUGGAGCAGUAUACACAGUUCCAUAGAACAUAUAUCCCAAGAGUAAUUGGAAUAUAUAUGGAACCUUCAGUUGAGUACAUUGUUUCUGUUUUGUCGGUUUUGAGGUGCGGAGAAGCAUUUAUGCCGUUAGAUCCAUCAUGGCCAAACGAAAGGAUAUUAUCGGUAAUAUCUUCUUCAAAAGCUGAUCUUAUUGUGGGCUAUAAAUCUUCAGUUGACAGACCUUGUCACCAGCUUGAUAAAUUACGAUGGCUCAUUCAUAAAGGCAGUUAUCCCCUUUUUUAUAUGUCAAUAGAGGAUGUCAUGCGAAAAAAAUCUGACUCAUCGUUAGCCUGGCCUUGUGAAAGUGAAAGGUUGAGAUCAUUCUGCUACUUGAUGUACACAUCUGGAUCCACUGGAAUACCCAAGGGGGUAUGUGGUACUGAAGUAGGUCUUCUGAACCGCUUCUUGUGGAUGCAAGGAUCAUUUCCCUUUCAAAAAGAAGAAAUUCUUCUUUUCAAAACAUCCAUAAGCUUCAUUGACCAUUUGCAAGAACUUUUAGGAGCUAUACUUGCUAAUUGUACAUUGAUCAUACCUCCUUUCAAUCAGCUGAAGGACAAUAUAUUUUGUGUAGUCAAUCUCUUACAGGAAUAUUCUAUUAGCAGGCUCGUGGCAGUUCCAUCUUUUAUAAGGGCGAUUCUUCCUGCUUUGCAUAGCAUGUAUUAUCCUACAGCUCAGAUCUCCUUAAAACUUCUAGUGCUAAGUGGUGAAAUUUUUGAUAUUUCUCUGUGGAAGAUGCUGGUCAAGUUGCUACCGGAGACUACUGUUCUUAAUAUAUAUGGAAGCACAGAGGUUUCCGGUGACUGCACAUAUUUCGACUGCAAGUGGUUGCCCACAAUGUUGGAGCAAGAUGCUCUGGGCAGUGUUCCAAUAGGCAUUCCUAUUGACAACUGUGAAGUGGUUCUUAUUGGAGAAAAUUCUCUUGAUGAGGGAGAGAUAUGUGUCAGGGGAAGUUGUGUUGCUUCUGGAUACUUCAUUCAUCCUUCUAUUUUGUCAUUGGAUAACGUGGAAUUACAUCAAGAAAUAACUGAUGGCAAGAAGGAUGAAAAUGAAGUUUUCUUUAGAACCGGGGAUUUCGGCAGAAAGCUUUCAGAUGGAAACCUGGUUUAUAUUGGGAGAAGAGACCGCACAGUAAAGAUCUGCGGGCACCGUAUUGCCUUAGAGGAGGUUGAAAGCAUUCUGAGGGAACAUCAAGAAGUAGCUGAUUCUGCUGUGGUUUCUCGUUGCGUUCAGGGAGAUAUUUUAUUUCUUGAAGCAUAUUUACUGCUCAAGCAAAAGGAAAACAAUCUUGAGGUCUUCAAGUCCACAAUUAGAUGCUGGAUGGCCAGCAAACUUCCCCCAACUAUGAUUCCUGCUCGUUUCUACUUUGUUGAAUCUUUUCCUAGGUCUUCUUCAGGGAAAGUAGAUUACAAGAUGUUGGCCACUUUUGCAGCGUCUGAGGCAGGUAACCGUAUUGCGAUUGAAGAAACUCAAGAUAUCGAUCUCAUUAAUGUUAUACAAAAGGCUUUUGCUGAUGCUCUGAUGGUUGUUGACAAGAUCUCCCUUGAUGAUGACUUCUUUGAGAUGGGUGGCAAUUCUCUAUUAGCAGCUCAUGUCUCCUAUAAUCUAGGAAUCAAUAUGAAGGACUUGUAUGCUUUUCCAACUCCAUUGAAACUUCAGAAGGCCAUUCAACAUAAAAAAGUGUCCUCUAGCCGUGAACUUAGAGCUGAUGCUUUAGUGGGAGUGAACUCGCAAGAGCAAGAAAAAAGCAAGCUUCCUUCUAAUAAAUCUUGGAUGCCUGGUGUAGAUAACAGUACCGCUUUGAGUUUGACCAGUGAUUAUCCCGUUAAACGUUUGAAAACCGAUUCAGAUUUGUAUAUUGAUCCCAACGAUGCUAAUGGAAGAGAUAUGAAUAAUUCAACUUCUUCACAGGUUUCAUGUUCUUACAGUCGGUGCAACAAAAUAAGGCAUGAUGCUGGUUGUGAGGGUAACAAUUGCCACUCGAUGCUGUCUUGGGAAGUUCCAAGUGAUAAAAGAGGUUUCAUGCGAGAACAGUGGGUGGUCAACAUGGAAUCUUGCGUUGAUGCAUCACCACUAGUUGUAUUUAAAGAAAGAAGUGUGUAUCUGCUUAUCGGAGCUCACUCCCACAAAUUCUAUUGCAUUGAUGCAACAAAUGGUCUUGUUUUGUGGGAGAUCAAAUUACAAGGGCGUGUUGAGAGUUCUGCAGCAAUUCUAGAUGAUUUUUCUCAGGUUAUUGUCGGAUGCUAUGAUGGGAACAUUUAUUUUCUGAAUUUUUCAAAUGGUAUCCCUUGUUGGAAUUUUCAAACACACGGAGAGGUAAAAUCACAGCCAGUCAUGGACAAGAAGAGGCACUUGGUCUGUGCAUAUUUAUCCAUUGUUUCACCUUUUGGAAGGGGGCAUAGGAGGGAAAACCAUUAAAUACAGGAAAAGGAUGCGCAUUCACAUUAGGAAAGCUGUGGGAAUAGAACCAGCUGGGUUCCGUUGUUUCUGAUGUCAGCUCAUGUUUGCACUGUUCAAUGGUCUAAGCGCCAAUUAACUUCCUAGAAUUACUGGGAGCCCCUGGUGUUUUAAGAUAAGUGUUUAAACUGUCAAAGACUACUAGAAUUAUGGAGGGCUCAUGUUGAGGCUAAGUUGUGCCGACUCUUCAAUUUGAUGCUGCACCCGUGUCGAAUUCUCCAAAAAUACACUACUUUUGGAGAAUCCGGCACGCACCUGUUGACAUUUUUGAAGAGUCCGAGCAACAUAGUAUUGAGGUAAUGUUUUUGAAUAGUCCAGUACCUGUUGACGUCCUAGAAUACUAAGAGUUCCAUGAAUCUUGAAAACCUAAAGAGAAAGUGAAGAAAUUUGGUGCAAUUUAUUUUCUGACGCAGUGUAGAAGAUGGUCCAGCAAAGCUGCACAGUCUGCUAUAGCUUAUCUUUGCUGCUGUUUUUUUUCUUUCUUUGUUAAUAAUUAUCGUUUUCCAAUUUUUUUGUUUUUCCUUUUCUAAACGCUCAAGUAUUGCUAUUAUCUCAUUGGUAUUUUUUAAAAUCAUCCAUCUUCGGGUAAUGAUAUUUUUUAGAGGUCCUUUGUUUACGGACAAACUUUAUUCCGAUAACACCAGAUAUAUAAUAUGGUCAAUAACAAUCACUGAUUAUGUAGUGCAUAUGCAUUUAUCCUCUAAUAUUUAGUUCAUCAUACUACAAACUCAAAACAUGUCUACGUCUUCAAAUGGGUAGAAAUUUGUUUUCUAAUAAGGGACAAGGUCCUACUGGAUAGACCAUUUCGCAUAGUUCAGGGAACAAUUGAUCAUUUUUCCUUGUGAAAAAUGCCCACGUGUUAGUAAAUAAAGGCAUAUUUGGACCAACAUUGUAACAACGUGGUAUAUUUGGCCCGCCUAUUGACGGAUGGCAAAUUUGGACCAUUUCACAAAGUUUUAUGGCGCAUUUGGAUCUUUUCCGCUCUAAUAAUAAAUACUCUUGGAGUAUACACCACUCAUUUGUUACUGGAAUUACUAUUGUUGGAUAGAACUCUACCAAGGAUGUCAUAAUAACUAGUACACAAAUUUUUUUCCUCGCUUUUCUUAAGAAAAAUGUUGUGGCACCAAAAUAAGUAAAUGCUUUAAUGAUUAUUACAUAUGUACACAUUUCAAUCUAGAAAUGUUAGAAAUCUUUCUUAUACAAUGCUAUAAUGAUUUCACGGGAUACCCUUGUACUAAAAAAGAUAGCUUACUUAAAGGGUAAUCUUUUUUAUGUUUUGGUAAUAUGUGUAUUCUUAUUUCAUCUUGUUUUACGAUAGAAAAUAGUCCACUAUAUUAUUAUUAUGCUGUUACUAUUUAUGUGUGAUAUAUAGGGGUGACAAUUGGGCGGGUUGGGUUCGAUUUUGCCCCCUCUAGUUAUAUGGAAAUGGUGACAGAAAGCUUGGUUAAUAAUGCAGACUACUAUAUAGUAUAUAUUUUUCUUUAAUGGAUGUUAUGAGUCAAACCUUUAGUGUAUUUCGAGGAUUUGCAUGAAACACUAUAGCCACGUAAUCCCUAUACAGUAGGAGCCCAUGCAAGAUGGUUGCAAACAAGCUCCUAUAUGGAUGAGACUAUGAAGCUUUACAUGUUGAUACUGACGCUCUUAUUCCUUUAGAGAAGUCUUUAUUUCUCUAUUAAGUGCCCAUUUAAAAUUCAAAUAUUAUAGAAGAGAAUAAAUAGAUGUAUGUGUGCUCUAGUGGUUUUUGUUGAUGGGUUCCCAAGUUUCUUGACAUUUUGGUACAACUAGCAUGUGCUUGCUGCAGCUAUGUUACUCAUUCUAUUGUCUC